UGACGGAUUCCCAGCUGCCUGGUUCCCGCUCUGGUUUCAUGCGUAGAACCCAGGACAACAAGCUCGGGUUCCACAUUGAUGCCUUUAGGUUCUACCAGGAGGACAGGGCAGAGCUGUACAUCACCUGCCACCUUAUGGCAGUCCCUGUCAUGGACCAUGCAGAGCCUAGCAACAAGGCAUGCUCCUUCAUUGAUGGCAGAUGGAGGUCUGCUGAUGAGAAUGAUUUGCUAUGUGGGCCUUGUCCAAGCCUGAGUAGACAGAAGGGGGUUGAUCAAGCUCCAGCACAACGUCCCCUCAGUCCAAGACUAGGUGGUAGGCAACUUGAACCUCGUGUCUACCGCAACAAACCCCCAGCCUCUGGUGACAAUUGGAGUAUUGGGAUGAAGGCCAAGAAAGUAUGGGACCAGGCUACUACUUUGGGCCCCAUGAUUGUCCUCCCAAGUAAACAGAAGAGUACACCUCUAUCUCCACGGACGAGUGGAGGUAUCGAUAUACCUGGCUUCCCUGCCUCAACAGGGGACAGGAAGCCCGUAUCACCUGGCAGUCUUUGGCGUGGCAUGGACUUCAAGAGAGGACCUUAUUUCGCCCAAUCCCAAAAUGAGGUUAGUCCCUUGGGCCCAAGGGUCGGACCCAACAACAAGCACGGUCUCGUUAGCUCUGCAACAUAUGAUGGCUUCGUCAGGCAGAAAGAACUAAUCGCCCAACGAGAGCUGGAGGCCACUCCAGACCCUGAGUUGAUUCCUGCACCUGAGCCCAUUGGAGACCUUGAGGUUACCACAGAGAAAGAGGGUCUGGGUGAAGAGGAGGAUCAGUAUGAGAUUGGAACCUAUUGAAAGGUCCACUAUCCAAUUUCUAGAAUUGGAAGGCGCUGUUGUGGGUGGCCCAUAAUAGACUUGCUCCAAGCAGCAGCAGACUCCAACUCACUGAGGUUGGUGCCGGUCCUGAUGUCCCAGCACACAAGGAGGAUGACCCUACAACAAAGUGACAUAAGCACCACAUCUGCUCCUGGCGACGUCAACCAGGGACGGGACUACCACAACACUGAGACGAUGCCUGUUAAUCUCUCUGAAAAAUAAAUGAUUUAAUGCUA